AUGAGCUCCCAGAUUCAUCAGAAUUUUUCCACCAAGGUAGAGACCGCCAUCAACCACCCAGUCAACGUGCAUCUGUGGACCUCCUACAUCUACCUCUCUCUGGGCUUCUAUUUCCACCAUGACAAUAUGACUCUGGAGGGUGUGGGCCACUUCUUCCACAAGCUGACUGAGGAGAAGUGCGAGGGUUCCCAGCAUCUCUUGAAGAUGCAAAAUCAGCAUGGUGGCCGCACCCUCUUUCAGGAUGUCCAGAAGCCAUUCCAAGAUGAGGGGGGGGAAACCCUGGACACCACGGAAGCUGUACUGGUUCUGGAGAAGAGCCUUAAUGAAACCCUUCUGGAUCUGCUUGCCCUGGGUCCUGCCCGCACAAACGCCCAUCUCUGUGACUUCCUGGAGAACCACUUCCUAGAUGAGGAGGUGAAACUCAUCAAAAAGAUGGGUGACCACCUGAUGAACCUCCACCAGCCCCCAGGCUGGGCUGGGCCAGUAUCUCUUUGA